CCAAGGAACACUUCUCGAAGACUGAGAAGUUCCGUAGUGAGGCAGCCACUCCUGCUGUGUGGUAUACGAUUUAGUCGAAGGACAUGACAAAAUGUCCGAAGGAGUUCGCGUCGGCCAUUGAAACUUUGCAGAGCUUUUUGCCAGGCCAUCCGAGCUUGCAGUGGCCACCUCUUCGAUUCCCCGAGGACGCAGUGCCGCCGCCGGUUCCUGCCACCGCCCCUUCAGGACCGGUCGCAUCGCCCAAUUCUGGGGCUCCCGCUAUUCGAGUCACGACAUCGCGUCCUGCGACAACAGUUGCAACCCGACCGGCAGCCCCGCCGUCUCCACCGCUGGCUGCGACACGAGGUGCUCACGAUGUGGAAGUUGGUCGUUCCGCGCCAGCCGACGAGCCCCCGCCUGUGAGGAAUAGCGCGGACUCUGAGGCAUUUAACGAGGAUAGCACACAUGCUCGACAAUCUGCCCCCGUGCCUCAUUUCGGUGAACAGGCUGUUCAUGGGGUGCCUGCGGAGGAGGUCCCCGCUCCGGUGUCCGAUUCAUCGCCGACCCCGAUUCCGACGACGACGGGUGGUGGUCGGUCUGCCCCACAGCCUCCACCCGUGUUGACCGGAUCGUUAGACCCUUUGCAGCGCAUUCGCGACCUUGCAGUCACCCAGAGCACGACACCUGUGAGUCCUGGCGGGAUGUUGGAUGCCGGGGUCCUCGGCGGGAGAGCCACGACGGCACGAUGCUGGGGCACUUACAGGCAGCAGGCCGUCACGUCAUAUUAUUCCGGCCCUUUGGAGUGUGCGUGGCAUCUGCAGAUCAUGCGGUUCAUCGUCGAGAGCGGGAUGCCGUUCAACUGCUCGAAGCUUGAAAGCUUCAAACGCAUGUUCACGAUGAUAAUCCCGCCGGGGGUUCCGGGGGCGGCCGCGCCUAGACUUCCCUCCUACCACAUGCUGCGCACGACCCUUUUGGACGAACUGGAUGGUGAGGUCCAGAAGUGUGUUCGGCCGGUGCUUGACACGUCGAGAGAGACCGGUUGCACAAUCAUGACCGAUGGUUGGACCAACAUCCGUGGCCAGACGUUGUGCAACUACCUUGUUGGGACAGAGAUCGGGGUAGUGUAUAUGGCCACCGACGUCAUGCGCGGCCAAAAGGAUGCCAGUGCCCUCGCGAACGCAUGGUUGAAAAGAGUGAAGUCCAUGGACAUUCAAUUGAGCGACAUCACAGCAUUCGUGACGGACUCCGCUGCGGUGAAUGUCGCGGCGAUGGAGGUAUUCCAAAAAGAUGAGAGCGUGAAACACAUCUUCUGGAUUCCUUGCGUCGCCCACGUCAUGGACCUCAUUCUCGAGGACAUCGGCGAGAUUGAUUGGGUGGCUUCCCGCAUUGCGCAAGCGAGGCUGGUUACACGGUUCUUCAAGCGCCAUGGACAUGCGAGAGAGGUUCUUGAGGCGCACUCGACGAAGACUCUUCUGCURCCGGCGGAGACGCGUUUCGRCACGAACGUCAUCAUGAUGGAGAGGUUGGUGGAACUGYGGGCASCGUUGACAGGUGYUGUGGGCGACGAUCGUUGGCGUGAGACUGUUUGGUCGACCAGCAAGAUCCGCAAGGACGCCGCGGAGGUCACUGCGUGUAUCGGCUCCCCUCCAUGGUGGGAGGAUUUGAGAGCUCUGUGCAAGAUGCUCGAGCCCAUCAUGGGCAUGCUGAAGUUGGUGGACAGCGACACACGCCAAAUCAGCAAGAUUCUGCGACGGUACGAGGAGAUGAUUGCGUCUUGUUUGUCUGCAUGUCGUGACAUUGAUCGGGACCAGCAGGACGCUAUUGUCGAGGUUUUCAUUAGGCGGCGCACCAUGUUCAAGACCCCCGCCCGCACAGCAGCCAUGCUGCUAGAUCCAGAGUUCCGGGACGCGACGCUGUGUGACGAUGCGGAGGUGCAGCAGGCCUUGGUCGAGGCCCUGGUACAGUUCGGCUACUCGGAGGGAUCGCCUCAGCACCGGGAGGUCCAACGAGCGGUCGCGAAGCUCCACACGAGGGAGCCCCCUUUCGAUGAGCUCACCAUGCGGCGAGCUGCGGAUAUCUUUGAUCACCCUGCCAGUUUUUGGUCCUCUAAGAAGGGGAAGUUCCCUCACACGGCGGUGUUUGCAGGCAGGAUCCUUCGUAUAUGGGCGACCGCAUCACCGUGCGAGAGAGCCUCGUCUCGUUGGAGCUUCAUUCAUUCGAAGUCUCGCAACAGGUUGGAGGUUCCUCAGGCUGAGAAGCUUGUGCAGUGCCACUGGAACCUCAGGCUACUCGAUCGACCUUCAUUGUGCGACGACGGUGUUGGGGAGAGGCCCGACGUCUUCGGGAAAUGGGUGCAUUAUUGGCAGGCCGUGGAGGACGAGGCGGCCGUGGACCAGCAGCUAGUCAGAGGCACCGGUGCGCUGGCCAGCGUGACCGAGGAGGAGUUGAGCAUCACCAGAGAGAGGAUGCGCGCCGUUUUCCGCAUGGGAGCCGAGCGUCGGGUGGCGGAGUCGGACAGGAGGCGACGCAAGGCCGGUGGUCGGGGAUGUGGCGGCCGUGGACGAGCAGGUGUCGGAGGAUGGACACGUGGCGAUGCGGGUUCCGCUCCUCGGACUCGGCGACAGCGGACGGAUGGUUGCAUUUGCAGGGCCCGCAUGCGUUGGGACGAGGGUGACUUCUUGUUCGACACCACAUCCAGCGACGACGACGAUUUCUUUGCGGUUGAGGAGCGUGUGGACGACGAUCUUCUGCCCGGUGGUCAGAUCGUUUUGCAGCGGUUGCGACGUGGGGGCAGACGGGAUGACAGUAUUGCGUCUCGUGUGCGCAAACGUCGUGGCCACAUUGCGACCGACACGGGGGCAUGUGUCAUGCGACAGGACCCGGUUGCCGUGUUAGAGGACGAGAUGGGAGAUCCUUCCAACGAGACACGGCCUGACCCGGCUCACGCAGAGGCGCAAGCCUCGGUGACCGAUGCGAUGGUGACGGAGGAGGAUACUGGUUUCGGGAUCACUCAUCCACGGUCGCCAGCGCCGGUUGUUGGCACUGAGGAGGAGACGGACUUCGGAGAACACGGUACACUCCGCCAGGCGCAGACUCAGUGCACUACAGCAGGCGGCCUAGUCCACUCCAGAGGAGCGGGUUUGGAGGACGGCGAGGCACGACGUGAGCCGCCUCCUCACACGAGUGACGGCGUUCUAGAAGAUGGAGAGGUUGCACCUACUCCCACUURUGGAYAGGACGGGGAGGACGAACGUCCUCYGACGGGCCACCACGUCGGCCUCGACUGCCCGCCCGGCAGUCUUCCGCGCACCGACGAGUUAUUGAACAUGGAUUCCGCCUUGGCAUCACUGCCCGAUGUGUCGCUAUUGAUAUCUCCCACUUUGGCGGUUGUGCCACCACCGGAGCCUUCUAGACGAGACGAUGAGCGUCACAACAGAGGGUUCGACGAGUUCAGCGGCGACACGAUACUGCAUCCUUUAGAGUCCGUCAUUCGAGCCAUUUUUCAUGUCGGUGCACCGUGGGCAGUGGAGCAGGGGUUGGCGGAGGAGGUGGGACGAAACCGUCGUGGCGGACCGCUCAUCGCAGCGCAACGUAGUCUGGGAGGUUCACUAGAGGCAGCGUCUGGAGAUUUUGUGGCACAGGGGGGUCAUGGUUCGCAUCAGUUGUCGGACGGCGUGUCAUCGGUCCGUCCACCGGACGAGGGCAAGCAGCGAGAGCGACAUGGAGGCUCAACGGAGACUUUAGAGGCGAGGCAUCCCGGAGUUAUCCGCUCGGACGAGGGCGUGGCCCAUGAUAUGGCACAACCAGGGAGCGCAAACGCUGCAUGGUCCAUCGGGGAGGGCAUCGAGCGCAUAGGGUCAUCGACCGCACACGACGUCAGAGGAGGCGGGGGCGGGGGUGGGGGUGGCGCAGCCGCUACACGGUCCUUCGGGGAGGGCAUCGAUGCGCAGGGGGGCAUCGAGCACAUAGGGUCAUCAACCGCACACGACGUUGGAGACGCGCACAUAGAUGAGCCUCGACCGCAUCUGAUGGGGAUGCGUGACAUCAUGCGUCCACCACCGUCACUCUCCCCUGCUGCUGACCCCAUCGCCCACGGGCAGGCCUUGCAGAGCGCAUUGCCGACGAGGUCUUUCUACGACGGUGCGGCCAUGGACCGGAGGGCGUGCGAUAUCGGAUAUGCAUCAUCAUGCAGAUCGGCAGAUGUGCCCGCGGGGGCGAGAUUGAUCGGCAACGUCGAUGGCACUUGUCACGGUUCCAUGAGAGCUUAUGAGGAGCAGCAUGGGAGGCCUAUACGGGCCAAGACGACCGAUGUCCAUGACACCAGGACGGCUACUGCGAGGCUAUCAUGGACGAGGAGGAAGGGAACAAGUGCGUCGAUUCCAUAUCACCGGCGCCGCCCGCAUCCUUUUUUCCGCAACCGUGACGAGACCGGACAGAUGCCAGCUGCUGCAGAUGGACGGGGCGGGGUGGACGUAGGUGACAGAGUGGACGAAUGAGGACGAGGGUGUUGGGGUUGAGGCGCUACCCCUUUCAGGGUAGCGCAACAGGGUUCUGAACUUCUGAGGUUAUUUUAGUUGAACGAUGCUCUGAGUUCAAUAAACAGUGUUAAUACUG